GCUCAGGGACACAAUGGUGGAUGUCUCACAGUGGGAAUCAAACCCAGGUCUCCCACACCAAAGGCUAGCAUCUUAUCUAUGCGCCAUCACCCCUUUUUAACACUGUUAUCUUCCAUUCUGUACGCAUUAGCUUGGCAGACUUAGGACCCAUCCACACUACUCCGUUUUAGUUUAUAAACAGAAAAUCAAAAAGAAUACGAUCUUUGUCCACACCAGGGUUUUAGCUGGGAUGGACCAAUAACGAGCUGGGACUGUUACUGAAUGUAUCACGGGAGUGUAGCGGCGGAUUUGUGUUCCACAGAUAUGCUUUAAAUGUAAUUUAUUGUUUUAGAUGGCUUGCUCCACCAUGACAUCUCACUUACUGUUUCUCUCUGUUGAUAUAGAGUAGGAGAAGAAGAGAUGGACUCAAACGUCACCACUGUCAGCACUGUGACAAAUCCUUUACAACAUCUGUAAAUUUAAGGAUUCAUCAGAGAGUUCACACUGGAGAGAAACCGUACGGCUGUGACCAGUGUGGGAAAACCUUCUCUCAAUCAGGUAACCUGAAAAUCCACCAGCGUGUUCACAUGGGAGUGAAACCGUACUGGUGUGACCAGUGUGGGAAAACUUUCACUACAUCAGAUCACCUUAAAAUCCACCAACGUGUUCACACUGGAGAGAAACCGUACAGCUGUGACCAGUGUGGCAAAGCUUUCAUUACAUCAGAUCACCUGAAAAUCCACCAACGUGUUCACACUGGAGAGAAAUCAUACUGGUGUGAACAGUGUGGAAAAACUUUCACUACAUUAGGUACCCUAAAAAUCCACCAACGUGUUCACACUGGAGAGAAACCGUACGGCUGUGACCAGUGUGGGAAAACCUUCUCUCAAUCAGGUAACCUGAAAAUCCACCAGCGUGUUCACACGGGAGUGAAACCGUACUGGUGUGACCAGUGUGGGAAAACUUUCACUACAUCAGAUCACCUGAAAAUCCACCAACGUGUUCACACUGGAGUGAAACCGUACUGGUGUGACCAGUGUGGGAAAACUUUCAUUACAUCAGAUCACCUGAAAAUCCACCAACGUGUUCACACUGGAGAGAAAUCAUACUGGUGUGAACAGUGUGGAAAAACUUUCACUACAUUAGGUACCCUAAAAAUCCACCAACGUGUUCACACUGGAGAGAAAUCAUACUGGUGUGAACAGUGUGGUAAAACUUUUACAACAUCAGGUGCCCUUAAAAUCCAUCAACGUGUUCACACUGGAGAGAAACCUCACUGGUGUGAACAGUGUGGAAAAACUUUCUCUACAUCAGGUCACCUAAAAAUCCAUCAACGUGUUCACACUGGAGAGAAACCGUACUGGUGUGAACAAUGUGGAAAAACUUUCACUACAUCAGGUCACCUAAAAAUCCACCAACGUGUUCACUAGAGAUGGGGAUCGAGACCCUGUUUCAAAAUUUUUCAAAACCCAAAAAUCAAGAAGGUUCGAGCUUAUCGAUACAGUUAUCGAGACUUCUAGGUCCUAUGAUGUAAUAUUAUGUCUCGAGCAUCAUAUCUGAUUUAAUUUGAAACGCAAUGGUUACGAGUUAGCUCCAAACUACUAAC